CCUCGGGCGAGGAAGAGACGCGACCAUAUGCGCAUGCCCCGAAUUUAUCACGGAGGGGCGGGGCUGAGGCUGCGGGAGCUGGACGGGGGAAGAAAAGGGAAUUCCAACCUGUGGAACCUUGGGGGGGUCCCCGGGGUCGGCGCCUUCCCAUUGACUGUGGGCAGUGCAAGGGACGGAGGCUCUGGUGGCUCGUGGGGGUGUUGGGGUCCGCAGGGGGAGGGAGGGGAGUGUCAGAGUGUGAGUGGGGUACGGGUAUUCCAAGUUUGCGGGCCUCCCGGUCUGACGCCGAGGAGGGAGAGCUCAGGCCACCAUGCGGGACAGGACCCACGAGCUGAGGCAGGGGGAUGACAGCUCGGACGAAGAGGACAAGGAGCGAGUCGCGCUGGUGGUGCACCCGGGCACGGCACGGCUGGGGAGCCCGGACGAGGAGUUCUUCCAGAAGGUCCGGACAAUUCGGCAGACUAUUGUCAAGCUGGGGAAUAAAGUCCAGGAGUUGGAGAAACAGCAGGUCACCAUCCUGGCCACGCCCCUUCCUGAGGAGAGCAUGAAGCAGGAGCUGCAGAACCUGCGCGACGAGAUCAAACAGCUGGGGAGGGAGAUCCGCCUGCAGCUGAAGGCCAUAGAGCCCCAGAAGGAGGAAGCUGAUGAGAACUAUAACUCCGUCAACACAAGAAUGAGAAAAACCCAGCAUGGGGUCCUGUCCCAGCAAUUUGUGGAGCUCAUCAACAAGUGCAAUUCAAUGCAGUCCGAAUACCGGGAGAAGAACGUGGAGCGGAUCCGGAGGCAGCUGAAGAUCACCAAUGCUGGGAUGGUGUCUGACGAGGAGCUGGAGCAGAUGCUGGAUAGUGGGCAGAGCGAGGUGUUUGUGUCCAAUAUCCUGAAGGACACACAGGUGACUCGACAGGCCUUAAAUGAGAUCUCGGCCCGGCACAGUGAGAUCCAGCAGCUUGAACGCAGUAUUCGUGAGCUGCAUGAUAUCUUCACUUUUCUGGCUUCUGAAGUGGAGAUGCAGGGGGAGAUGAUCAAUCGGAUUGAGAAGAACAUCCUGAGCUCAGCGGACUACGUGGAACGCGGGCAGGAGCACGUCAAGACAGCCCUGGAGAACCAGAAGAAGGCGAGGAAGAAGAAAGUCUUGAUUGCCAUCUGUGUGUCCAUCACCGUCGUCCUCCUAGCAGUCAUCAUUGGCGUCACAGUGGUUGGAUAAUGUCACACAUUGUUGGCACUAGGAGCACCAGGGACCCAGGGCCUGGCCUUCUCUCCCAGCAGCCUGGGGGGCAGGGCAGAGCCUCCAGCCGGACCCCUUCCUCACACUGGCCCCUAUGCAGAAGGGCAGACAGUUCUUCUGGGGUUGGCAGCUGCUCAUUCAUGGUGGCCUCCUCCUUCAGGUCUCAGUGCCUGGGGGAGGCCUGCACUGUCCUGAUUGGUCGGGACACACAGUUUUGUAAAAAAUUAAAAAACAAAAAAAGAGCAUAGAAA